AUGACCAGCAGCGAAGCCAUGGACACCCUGGGGCAGUACAAGAUCACAGUAUGGGAGGAGGAGAGCUUCCAGGGCAAGCGCUGUGAGUUCCUCAUGGAGUGCCCCAGCAUCAUGGAGCGCGGCUUCCGCAAGAUCCGCUCCAUCAAGGUGGAGUCCGGCCCCUGGGUGGGCUUCGAGUACCCUGAGUACCAGGGGCAGCAGUUCAUCCUGGAGAAGGGAGACUAUCCCCGGUGGGAGGCCUGGAGCGGGAACAGCGGCUACCGGACCGAGCACCUCCUCUCCUUCCGGCCCGUCAAGUGUGCGAACCACAAUGACAGCAAAGUCAUCCUCUACGAGGCUGAGAACUUUCAAGGGCACAAGUUUGAGCUGAGUGAUGACUACCCCUCGCUGCAGGCCAUGGGUUGGGGCAACAAGGAGGUGGCAUCCAUCAAAGUGAAUGCUGGAGCGUGGGUGGCAUACCAGUACCCAGGAUACAGGGGCUACCAGUACGUGCUGGAGCGGGACAGACAGAACGGUGAGUUCAAGAAGUACAAUGAAUACAGCAGCCAGGCUCACACCAACCAGAUCCAAUCCAUCCGCCGUGUCCAGCACUGAGCA